AUGGAGCAGAUGGUGGUGCUGAUCACGGGUUGCUCGUCCGGAAUCGGGCUCAGUCUGGCCGUGCGCUUGGCCUCUGACCCCUCCAAAAGCUACAAAGUCUAUGCCACCAUGCGCAACUUAGCUAAGAAGGAGCGCCUGCUGGAGUGUGUGAAGAACUUCCACAAGGACACACUGGACAUCCUGCAGAUGGACGUGACUGACCCGCAAUCCAUCCUUGACGCCAGGGAGAAGAUCAGAGAGGAAAGAGUAGACAUCUUAGUGUGCAAUGCUGGCGUGGGGCUGAUGGGCCCCCUCGAAGCUCUGUCCCAGGACACCAUGAGGCAGAUCCUGGAUGUCAACCUGCUGGGCACCAUCAGUACCAUCCAGACCUUCCUGCCCGAUAUGAAGGCCCGGCGUUCGGGUCACAUCCUGGUGACGGGCAGCACAGGGGGUCUGCAGGGUAUCCCAUUCAACGAGGUGUACUGCGCCAGCAAGUUCGCAGUGGAGGGAGUUUGCGAGAGCCUGGCCAUUCUGCUGCAGCACUUCAACAUACAUGUCAGCCUGAUCGAAUGCGGCCCUGUGAACACCCACUUCCUGUCCAACCUGAAGAAGACGGAGCCAGCGGAGCUCUCGCUGCUGCAGCUGGACCCUCGCACCCGCAGCCUGUUCGACACAUACCUGCAGCACUGCGCCACCAUAUUCCAGACCGUCGCCCAGGACCCUGAGGAUAUCAUGCAGGUGUUCCUGGAAGCCAUCGAAUCGCCGAGCCCAUCGCUGCGCUACUACACCAACAGCACGCUGCUGCCCCUGAGCUCUCUGAAGCUGGCCAUGCACGACGGCUCCCAGUACAUCAGGGCCAUGAGCAAGUUCAUCUUCUCCACUCCCAGUACAGAGGAAGGUUAACUGUGCGCACCAUGUCAACCAUGUCAA